GGGCGACGCGGUAGCACCAUGUGCAGCUGCAUCCCCCCCCUCGCAAAGACCCGCAGCGCCACUUUUCAGAUGCGCACGGAGCGACCCACCCACCGUUCCACACCCGCACCACGCCCACCCCCGCACUCUCGCAGCCCAGGUGGGAGCGCGCACUUCGGCCUCGGGAUGCAGCGGCUCACCCUCGGCGCACCGCCAGUGGAGCUCGGAGCUGAAGAACCGACGAGCAAGCCUUGAAUCCACUACCUGCCUGGACGCUUUGGGAAAGGAGUUUCUUUUUUUUUUUUUUUUUUAAGGACAGUAAGGAGAGAAGCUCAAGUUGCGUUCAAUGCGCAACCAUGCUCAUCAUCUCGUCUCGCAGCGCGCUGCUGUCCGUCUACUAUCCGCAGAUCUUCCUCAUUCUCAGCAGCGGUAGCUACCUGACGCUGUCAUCCGUGGUAGCUCUGGGCGCCAACAUCAUCUGCAACAAGAUACCGGGCCUGGCGCCGCGUCAGCGGGCCCUGUGUCAGAGUCGCCCGGACGCCAUCAUCGUCAUCGGGGAGGGCGCCCAGCUGGGCAUCAACGAGUGCCAGUAUCAGUUCCGCUACGGGCGCUGGAACUGCUCGGCCCUGGGCGAGAGGACGGUCUUUGGACAAGAGCUGAGAGUAGGGAGCCGUGAGGCGGCUUUCACGUAUGCCAUCACGGCUGCCGGCGUGGCACACGUGGUGACGGCGGCGUGUAGCCGAGGGAACCUCAGCCAGUGCGGCUGCGACCGCGAGAAGCAGGGCUACCACGACCGCGAGGAGGGCUGGAAGUGGGGCGGCUGCUCGGCCGACGUCAAGUACGGCGUGGAGUUCUCGCGCCGCUUCGUGGACGCCCGCGAGAUCAAGAAAAACGCCCGGCGCCUGAUGAACCUGCACAACAACGAGGCGGGACGGAAGAUCCUGGAAGAGCGGAUGAAGCUGGAGUGCAAGUGCCACGGCGUUUCGGGUUCCUGCACCACCAAGACCUGCUGGAUCACGCUGCCCCAAUUCCGGGAGAUCGGUUACCUGCUCAAGGAACGCUACGGCGCGGCGGUUCAAGUCGAGCCGGUCCAGGCCUCCCGCCUCCGGCAGCCUUCCUUUCUGCGGCUCAAAGAAGGCAGGGCCUACCAGAAGCCCACCGACACCGACCUGGUGUACCUGGAGCACUCGCCCAACUACUGCGAGGAGGACAAGGCCACGGGCAGCACGGGGACGAGGGGUAGACUCUGCAACGGAACGUCGGCCCACACGGACGGCUGCAACGUGAUGUGCUGCGGCCGGGGUUACGACACGCACCAUUACACGCGGGUCUGGCAGUGCAACUGCAAGUUCCACUGGUGCUGCGUCGUCCGGUGCAACACCUGCAGCGAGAACGCAGAAGUUUUUACCUGCAAGUAGAACGUGGGGGUGCGAGGUCAGGGGAUUUAUUCAAAGUAUUUAUUCAAAGAUUUUGCACAUUUUUUGGACCUCCUUUUAGGACAGGGGAGAUGUAAACUUCCCUCACGAGCCGGUGUGGAACAACAGAUCCUGCGGGAGAAAGGAUAGGUUAUGCCGAGGCUUUACGUCAAAACAAGGUUGAAAGUGACACUAUAGAAAAGGGUGUCGCGUACGCAUACGGAAAAUAAUUCCUACGACGGCAACGCGAGCGGCACACCGCUUAACUGGAAGUGCUGCGGUCGAAAGUGAGGGAACACCCAAAGGCUAAAAAGCCGGAAUACGACUGACUGUAACUCACACUGUAUUCUGUUUGAACACUGAAAUUAAAAUAAUUUAUGUUAGACUUUAUUGCAUAAUUCUAGAGGAUGGAAACAACAACUCACCAUUUUUUUUUUUUUUUUUGCUUCUCGAUGAUCUACUGUUGCAAACUGGAUUCGUGCAGCGUCGUCAGCGUUGGCGAAAUAUUCAGACAAAUCUGUCCUUCGUCGCCAUGAUUAGUUACCCGUCACCUUUUACGGUAUUGAUGAAGCACGGGCUUGUGUUUCUCGGGUCCUGUUCUAUUUUUAGUAUCCAACCUCGUGAGCGUGAACGGCACUUUCCAUCCCGACUGUGUUCAUUGUUUUUUUUUGAAGGGCUGAGAAAAGCGCGCAAGGCCCGCCGGAACGCCGCCGCGGUGCCGCGACCCGGUCGGGCUGCAACGGACAUAUUUCCCAUGAAUGGCUCAGACCCGGAAUUAAGGCCGCCUGGGUGGAUGGCAUGUGCCUUAACCACACAGACCAAAGGGCCUUUGCAGCUAUUUUUGGUCCAUCACCCAUCAUGUGUUAAAUCAUGUUUAUUUAGGCUUGAUGUAACUGACAAAACAAUUUGAAGAGUAUAUUUUUAUAUGAGGAACAUGGCACUUUAUGUCAUUUACAAAAGGAAAGGACGCUGCCAUUCAAGAAGUGUUUACUAAAAAUGAAAAAAAAAAAAAAAAAGGGGGGGUGUUAGUAUUGUCUUUGUGGGGAGGGAGGGGCGGUCACUUUUGAGAGCUAUAAAUUAUUCGGGGUUGAUUCUGUUGUUCCGAAAUUGUAAAUAAUCUGUGCGUCGCCAAAGUAGCCCAGAUUAUCACGAUGACCUUUUCCGAUGCAACGUAGACCAGAAAUUCAGUUUGAUUGCAAGAGUGAAUUUAGUACAAACUUGAGCAUCUUUAUAAUUCUUGCUUUCGAAAAGCAACUCUUGACUUCCCUGAUACAUUUUGAGCUUCCUCUUAAUGCCUGUUGUUUUGUUUUUUUGGGGGGGGGUGGGGGGCCGCAUCUGGCCUCUCUUGGCUUCAAUAAAGUCAUUCCAAAACGUUGUGGGUAGUGUACAAAUGUCUUUAUUCAGCCUUAUCCCAAAUAGGAAGCGAUUUUUUUUUUUUUUUUUUGGGGGGG